UGGCACUGCUACCUCCUGUUUGCAGAACAUUACCUAGAAACUCAUAUGCCUUCACUUAAACGCAAACGAACUUCUCCUCUCUGGAACACAUCCGAUCAGGGUAUUUCAACGUCGGACUCUGAUGACCCAGAUGACGAUCUCCCCGUGCUCAAUCUCAUUAUCGACAAACGCACUAGCGAAACAACAGGAAGAUUCGCGUCAGAAGACGGGGAAGGUCCCGAUAUCCUCCUCUCCAGCCCAAUGACACGAGGGACGCUGCGGGCUCAAUCCGGCAGGCGCAAUCGGCCGACCACGACCCGCCAGAGUCAGUCUACGGUCAGAACGAACGUGCUGGCGACGUCUUCCGGGUCGGGAGCUUCCGGACGAAGUGCCUCCGAGCCUAUCGUGUUAGACGACGACGCCGACUUUGUCCAGCUUUCGACCGAUACACCUUACGUGUCUACGCGAACGCGGCUCCCCCGAUCGCCCGUCGUCUCUGACUUUGAGAAUGCGCCUAGUGCGAAGACGCCCAUUCGCAAGAGGGUACGACGGGUCCUGUCCCCUUCUUUCUCUGAUUUUGAGCAUGUACGCGCGUCCUCGGAUGAUGAGUCGAAUCCCCCGGCUCCCGCAUCUACAAAGACCCGACGGUGUCCAGUCGCUUCGUCGGAUUCGGAGCAUGACACGGGGCCUGUGGAGGAGUUUCAUACGCACAGAAUCACUCGUCGGGCUAGUCAGACCUCGAUGGGCACCGUGGAAGAGGAUCAGAAUGACUUGCAUUUCACUCCCCCUCCGUGCUCGUCUCGGCCGAGCCAUAAGGAGCACAAAGCCAGCGUUCGCGAGGCGCUCAGGACUGCCAGAUCGCACAAGGCUCAGGGUAUCCCGAGAACGCCUGCGGAGGUCCACACACUAUCAUCCUCUGAAUGCGCCUCCGACGAUGACUCAGACACAGAAACAGGCGCAUUUGGACACUCGUCGAGAUCUGGAUCGGAGAACCUAACCGACUUCAUCGACGAUGCCGAUGAAGAGACAGGAGAUAUCAAAGAGGUCGAUGAUGUGCUUGCUCCUGGUCGAGUGAAUCGGUUCUCUACCCGGAAGCACUUCCAAGCGUGUGCCGUUUACCUGGCGAGGCUACAUCAUCCGACUGGAACGUCCCUCACGCCCGAACAAGAGCGCGACUGUCAAGUCUCUCUGACCAAGAUCCAAGAUUGCACAACGGCAGUGGCCGAUUCCAUGCAGAAAUCCACGUGGACGCGGCCUUUCCUCUACACGAUCGAUGAGCGCCCGAUUCUCGUCGGCCCUUACAAUGCGGAAGAGGCAGAAUGCCAAGCCUGCUGGACCCGGGGUGACUACGAAUGCAAUCGCUUGGGCACCCAAUACGUCGCUACCUGCAAAGGGUUUUACGAGCGCAAGGGCGUGUUUCAAGACGUUCUGGAGGAAAACGUCGAGUAUUCCACGGAAACGCCUGGCGACUGGGAGAAUAGUGCGCUGGCGCCCAAGAUUCUCUACCCUCCCCAGCACCGGAUCUAUCUCGGAAAGCGAUGUGCCGAGCGGAUCGUUGCCUACCAUGCUGCACGGCAUUACAUGUACUACCUCUCCUCCCGCAUCAAGGACGAAGUCGAGCGAGAGUGCAGCGAGGAUCAACGUUCCGAAGAUGACGUUGAUCGUCUUGUCGAACGUCUCUCCCGGUUUUUGCGGCAGCUCGAUGAAGACUUUGGCCGAGAUCGGAGGUCGUGGCACAAUUUCGGUGCUGGUGGUCUGUUCGAAGAGACUGACGAGGAGGACGUUGACGAAUAGCAGCGAAUGCUGGUCGAUACCCUUCUGAAGCAGUGAUCAGAUAAGCAACGUAGUUGUAGAUCGAUUAGAUAAAGACGACAUCAUGAUCUCUACCAGCCGUGUGGUCUACGAACUCCUUCUCACACUAUGGCUCAUCCGGUGAGUGACUAUAACAUGCUGGACUAUACACAGCCCGCAGAGCAUAUCAAAGCGGUCAACAUGGGGCCAGUGCCCCAGCGAAUCUUUGACGAUAUGCGCAAGUACGAAGACUCUCAGAGAGGAUUCUCGUUAGAAUGUUUCGAGAAGUUGACUCCCAAGGAUACUGGAGGUCCCGGCUCUGUGAUCAUCGGGCACAGGCCAGAGGACUCUCAAGUGGAGGAACUAUACCGGAUGUCGUUGGAUCCCGAGAAGACAGCCCUCGAGCGGAUCACGUACUUCAACCUGAACAGCGGGCGCAGGAUCUCGAGCUACGUCCCGGUUUCGGGAGACGAUUGGCGGGGCGUUUGGCGCGGACGGGGGCACAUCCUCGCCAUGGAUCUGGAUGGGAACGAGUACUUCCAGCUCUGGAGAUACUGGGAGGACGCCGACUCGACUGUCCAGCUGCCUGUCAUUGAAGGAGAGCUCGAAAACAUACCGGGCGGGCGCAUCGAGCGCCUGACUCACGACGCGUUUCGGUACAGCAAUGUCGUCGUUUCGGACUCCGAUAAGUUGAUGGCAUUCACGUCGAACAAGGAAAACGGCAAGGACACGUUGGUGUAUGUUGCCGCCCUACAGAACUCCCAGACUGGUGCUGCUGCCGAUUCCAAGCCGUUUCAUCUUGUCUCCCAGCUCGUCACUCCACCGGCAGUAAAGGGAACCGACCGCUGGGUAGUCUCUGACAUCUCAUUGGACGACCAGUUUCUCCUUAUCACCAAAACUCAGACGUCGUUCUACUCGCCGUGUUAUCUGGUACACGUGUCAGGCCUGAGCGCUCCGGAACUCAUCGUCUUGCCCGAUACGACCGAGGACGAGAGCCAGACGAUGAUCAUCGCGCCAAAGUUCUCUCGCGAUCCGGGGACGCCCCAUCUAGUAUACAUGAUCACCAAUGCAUACGGCGACUUCCAGUCGAUCGUGCGGUACGAUACGAUCUCCAGGACGGUGAUGCACAUCACCACGCCCGAGCCCAGUCUUCGUGCGCUGCGGCCGGUCAGCUGGCCGUGCUCGGCGCUCAAGGUGACCUCGAAAUACGUCAAGUUCAGAGCGAAUCUAGACGGCUUCAGUGCUGCCUUUCUCCUCCCCCUCCAAGGCCCAUACAAGGAUGCCGUGAUUCAAGUCAAGCCAGAACUUGAGGGGAUAUCAUUCAACCUUUCGCUGACCGAGGCCGACCCGGACACCGUCGUCGUUUCUUUGGGCUCGCAUCAUACAGCAGCUUCGCUUGCGCGUUUUAAUAUUCACGACUUCAUACCGGAGAAAGUCCAGACAGAUUCGGACGGAUCUUUGUUCAUUUCAAUGCAUUUGACACCAUAUGCGCAGGCGACACCCGAGUCUCGUCCAUUUCGCACGUUUCCGUGCAAGCUGAUGCGAUUCAAGAGCUUUGAUGGGUUAGAGAUCCCUUGUAUGUAUUACCAUCCGACGGACAGCAAGACAGUGGUCCCGGUUGUGAUUUCUAUACACGGCGGUCCGGCCAGCCAGACCUCGUCCGACUCGCGCAGCAAGAUCCACUGGUACAUCAUGAAUGAGCUGGGUUAUGCUGUGCUAUGUCCCAACGUCCGAGGAAGCUCUGGCUACGGCAAGCGCUUCAUGGCUGCAGACGACGUCGAGUUACGUGAGGAUUCGGUCAAAGACAUUGGCUCGUUGCUCGACCACAUUGAACACCGCAUGCAGAGCGAACUCGACUCCAAACGAAUCGCUGUGAUGGGAGGAUCCUACGGUGGCUACAUGACCCUGGCCUGCUUGAUCCAUUACCCUCGCCGAUUCGCCUGUGGGCUCGCCAAUUUCCCCAUCGCUCACUGGCCGUCGUUCCUGGAAACAACUGCACCGCAUCGCAGAGCGCAUCGACGUGGCGAAUAUGGCGACGAGACGGACCCGCAGAUCCGAGAUUUUCUGGAGAAGAUUUCACCCAUCAACCGGACGUCGGAAAUCUCGGUUCCCCUGCAGAUUGCUCACGGAGACAACGAUUCCCGGGUGCCCGUCGACCAGGCUAUCCGGAUGUGGCAGACUGUGUCCCAGAACGGCGUGCAUUGCGAGUUGAUCAUUUGCGAGAAAGAAGGCCACGGAUUCAGUCAGAAGAGCGUGAUCGAAUUCACAAAUGCGGCGAAGCUGCACUUCUUGGAAAGAUUUCUGCCCGUGCAACAGAUCCAAUAUCACACCGCUGUAUUGUGACCAGAUGCACUACUGCAUUCUCGACAAUACUAUCUGAGAAUCAGGGUUAUGUUCCGAAGUAGGAAUCGACAUGGAUGGAACCUACGCUAGACGGGCGAAUACUAUUGAAACCACAUCAAACUGUCUCAUCCAUCUCAUCCUGAUCCGGCUCCGGUAGUACGAGGCGUCCUGAGGCGGUGGUCUCUGGACGUGACUUGGAGUUCGAUGGACCUGCAGUCGGACGCGGUGCAUUACGGUUUCUUGAACGGGAGACUGGUCCACCUCGUUUGAUGGGACCAGUCUUGUCGCCCUCAAAUUCACCAUCGCCAAUCUUGAUGACGAUAGCUAGCGUAGACUUCCCCCGUGUCUUAUACUCAAUAUCCUCAUCUUCAUCAUCCGGAAUGAUCUCAUCCUGCACCUCCAUCGUGCCGGUAGUGACGUGCGUUUGAAUUUCGUCGGCGGCAAAUGGCAGGAUCGGAGGGAGAGCGACAGACAGCUGCAGAAGAUGGGGGAUCGCAGCGCCCAUCGCGCUCAAGUGGAGCGUCUUGUACCCAUCAUUUAUGACCGCGUUCUUGCAGCGGCGCAAGUACGCAGAGAGGGGCGUUUUACGCGUGAUGCAGAUGAGGUUCUUGCCCUCCUUGUGCGCCGAGCGCGGGCCGGUCGCGGAAACAGACCGCGGGACCGUAGGGAAUGGACGCGCAGGCGUGAGUCGGUUCAUGCGCGGCCUUUGACGAGGCGGGUCCGCAGGUGGCAUCGUACUCGGACGCGUCGGGGGAUCGGGCGGGGGAGUCACUCUGACCGCGACAGACCGUCCCUGUGCGUCAACGAGCCGGAUCCGUUUGUUGCUAGCGGAGUCUGUUGCAGUCUGUAAGGAGCUAGGCUUGCGUUUAGAGGUCGUCGUUGACAUCAUGGGUGUCAGAUAUAAAACUAGAGAUCGGCACGUGCUCCAUCCAAUCCAUCUUUCCCUCUUUUUCACCGUCGCGCAGGCAGUCGCCAUGAGCCAGCCCGAUGCUGCCGAGCAAAACAUUCAGAUGUGGAAGGUCAAGAAGCUCAUUAAGAGCCUUGACUCCGCCCGAGGGGCGGGCACUUCUAUGAUCAGUCUCAUCUUACCCCCCAAGGAUCAAAUUUCCCGCGCAUCGGCCAUGUUGACCCAGGAGUACGGCACAGCGUCCAACAUCAAGUCCCGCGUCAAUCGACUGUCUGUCCUUGCUGCGAUUACGAGUACCCAGCAACGUCUCAAACUGUAUAACCGGGUCCCUCCGAAUGGCCUGGUGUUGUUCGUUGGCACGAUCCUUACCGACGAAGGCAAGGAGAAGAAAGUUUCCUUCGAUUUCGAGCCUCACAAGCCCAUCAACACCUCUCUCUACCUCUGUGACAACAAGUUCCAUACAGAAGCACUAUCCGAGCUGCUCGAAUCUGAUUCGCGGUUCGGGUUCAUCGUCAUGGACGGUAACGGGACCCUGUUUGGCACUCUCGCCGGCAACACUCGCGAGAUCAUCCACAAGUUCACCGUCGAUCUCCCCAAGAAGCACGGUCGUGGUGGACAGUCUGCGCUCCGUUUCUCCCGUCUGCGUGACGAAAAGCGUCACAACUACGUGCGCAAGGUCGCGGAGCACGCCGUGCAGCACUUCAUCACCAACGACAAGGUCAACGUCACUGGCAUCGUCCUGGCUGGUAGCGCCGACUUCAAGACCGAGCUUGGACAGAGUGACAUGUUCGAUCUCCGAUUGGCUGCCAAGGUCGUCAAGGUUGUCGACGUCAGUUAUGGCGGAGAAAACGGGUUUAACCAGGCGAUUGAGCUCGCUGCGGAGUCCUUGGCGAACGUCAAAUUCGUGCAGGAGAAGAAACUGAUUCAAAAGUACUUUGAUGAGAUCAGCCAAGACACUGGGCGGUACUGCUUCGGUAUUGAGGACACUCUGAAAGCGCUGGAUCUCGGUGCUGUGGAGACCUUGAUCGUUUGGGAAAAUCUCGAUAUCACGCGGUUCAUCUUGCGCAAUGCCGCUGGUGAGGAAAUUGUCGUCCACGUCAACAAGGAGCAGGAGAAAGACCGCGAAAAGUUCAUCGACAAGUCCACCGGCACUGAGAUGGAGCAGGUCGUCGAGCCCCAGUCGCUUCUGGAAUGGUUCGCGGAGAAGUACAAGGAUUUUGGCGCCAACCUCGAAUUCGUGACGAAUCGUUCGCAAGAAGGAGCGCAGUUCGUGAAGGGUUUCGGCGGUAUCGGUGGCCUGCUGCGAUACAAAGUCGACUUCACCACGUUGGGCUCAGCAGACGACGACGAAGACGAAUUCUACGACAGUGACGAGGAGGUGGUUUGACGGUACUGCUGGCUCCUGGACGGAGGAGCCCAGCCUUGCUUGGGCUCGUCCGGUGAGGUGGAGAGGGAUGAAGUUGGCGGAGAAUGUGUGUGCAUGCGAGGUGGGAAUGUUGUCGAGAACGCAACAGCAGGUUUCGUCGGAUCUGGGUGGGGCCUGCUGCGAGCCAUUGGCUCUAUCCUGGUCAAGUGGAAAGAGCGCGAACCAGUGUGUGCGUGCACGAUGGUCCAAGCGUGUGGGUUUCAGUCUGACUAGCGAGUGAAAAUUGUAAUACGUGCUCUAGGUUGCCACUGAUAGGCAUCCUUGCAUUUCGGGAUGACUUGUCUACUGUAAUGGGAUGCAUCUCA